UGCCCGUCUGAAGAAACUCAUUGACAUAUUGAGAGAAGAGGUUGAAAAAGGGAAUAGGCCCUUAGGUUAUUUAAAUAAGAAGGGUUGGGCAAACAUUUUGGGGAAAUGGGAAGCAAGAACGGGAAAGAAGUAUCCCAAGUAUAAAUUCAAGAACAAGUGGGAUGCCAUAAAAAAUAAGUAUACUUGGUUCAUGGAGUUGAAAAAUGAAGCAACUGGGCUUGGAUGGGAUGAUGCAAAGAGAACCAUUGAUUGCUCUAAAGAAUGGUGGGGUGAACAUAUCAAGAGAUGCCAAGAGAGUACAGGAAAGAAAUGCAAUCAUAUGAAGUUCAAAAAACAGGGACCAAAGCACCUUGAAGAUUUACACGUCAUAUUUGACAAAGUACAUGUUACUGGGGCUAGUGCUUCUUGUGCUGGAGAUAUAUCUUCUGAUGAAUCAAGUGAUGAUAAUGGAGUUCCUUUGGAGAAACCCAAUGAUAUUGCUGAAAUGAAGGAGGCAUCUUCGACGAAACCAAAACCAAGCAAGAAGCGCAAGCAACCUUCUAAUGCAAAUGAGGAGAAGGAAGAGAAGAGUCCAUUCUUACGAUUGUACAAGCAGGCAUGCGAGAAAAUAGAAAGUGGAGUGGAGCAGAUAACUUCAAGUGUUGAAGCAUCAUCCGCUCCUCCAACAAAUCAUGUCCCUACCAUUUCAGAAGUCAUGAAGAUGGUCAAAGAAUGUGGUGUGAAGGAAAAACUGCUCUCAUGCACACAACCCUCACUCUUAUAGUGAAACCCGAGUUUAGGGAAAUCUUCAAUGUUCUUGAAACAAAAGAAGGGAGGUUUGAUUUUUUGGAGAGAUUGCAUGAGAAGGAGAUGUUGAAGCAAGUGUAGUGAAUCAUGUUCGUUUUUUGGAGACCUAUAUUUGCUUUUGUUGUGGACCAAAUUUGGUUAUGUUGUGGACCAUAUUUGCUUUCGUUGUGGAUGUAUUUGCUUUUGUGUGGACCAUAUUUGCUUAUGUUGAUUUACCGUACUUAUGU